ACACACUAGCGGAGCGGGAGCGCGGUGAGGACGCGAAGCCGCCGGGCUGCUACGCCCACAGCCAGCCGGAGCCGGAGCCUGAACCGCAGCGCCAGCCCCAGCCGUGCAGAGCCGCAGCCCGCGCCGGGGCCGGCGGCGGCUCACGGACAGCGGGGCGGGCGACCGGUGCUGCCCCGAGGCGGUUCUCCUGAUUCUGGAGCCUGCCAGGAUGGGGCCUCUGAGGCCCAGCCCAGGGCCUGGGGGGCAGCGGUUGCUGCUGCCCCCCUUACUGCUGGCACUGCUGCUCCUAUUGGCUCCAUCUGCCAGCCAUACCACCCAGGUAGUAUACAAGGUGCCAGAGGAACAGCCGCCCAACACACUCAUUGGGAGCCUUGCCGCUGACUACGGUUUGCCAGACGUGGGUCAUCUGUACAAACUAGAGGUAGGUGCUCCAUAUCUUCGAGUGGAUGGCAAGACUGGAGACAUUUUCACCACAGAGACCUCCAUUGAUCGAGAGGGGCUUCGUGAAUGCCAGAACCAGAUCUCCGGGAGUCCCUGUAUCCUGGAGUUUGAGGUGUCAAUCACGGACCUUGUGCAGAACGGCAGCCCCCGACUGCUAGAGGGCCAGAUAGAGGUGCAAGACAUCAAUGACAACACGCCGAACUUUGCCUCACCAGUCAUCACCCUGGCUAUCCCGGAGAACACCAACAUCGGCUCACUCUUCCCCAUCCCACUGGCCACAGACCGUGACGCUGGCCCCAAUGGCGUAGCAUCCUAUGAGCUGCAGGCUGGGCCUGAGGCCCAGGAGCUAUUUGGACUGCAGGUGGCUGAGGACCAGGAGGAGAAGCAGCCACAGCUCAUUGUCAUGGGCAACCUGGACCGCGAACGGUGGGACUCCUACGACCUCACCAUCAAGGUACAGGAUGGUGGCAGUCCUCCACGUGCCAGCAGCGCCCUGCUUCGUGUCACUGUGCUUGAUACAAAUGACAACGCUCCCAAGUUUGAACGGCCAACCUACGAAGCCGAGCUGUCUGAGAACAGUCCCAUUGGCCACUCGGUCAUCCAGGUGAAAGCUAAUGACUCGGACCAAGGUGCCAAUGCGGAGAUUGACUACACGUUCCACCAGGCACCCGAGGUUGUCAGGCGUCUUUUGCGACUAGACAGAAACACUGGACUUAUCACCGUCCAGGGCCCUGUGGAUCGUGAGGAUCUAAGCACUCUGCGUUUCUCAGUGCUCGCCAAGGACCGAGGUGCCAACCCCAAGAGUGCCCGUGCCCAGGUAGUUGUGACUGUGAAAGACAUGAAUGACAAUGCCCCGACCAUUGAGAUCCGAGGCAUAGGGCUGGUGACUCAUCAAGAUGGGAUGGCUAACAUAUCAGAGGAUGUGGCAGAGGAGACCGCGGUGGCCUUGGUACAGGUGUCUGAUCGAGAUGAGGGAGAGAAUGCAGCUGUCACCUGUGUAGUAGCAGGUGAUGUGCCCUUCCAGCUACGCCAGGCCAGCGAGACAGGCAGCGACAGCAAGAAAAAGUAUUUCCUGCAGACCACCACCCCUCUCGACUAUGAGAAAGUCAAAGACUACACCAUUGAGAUCGUGGCGGUGGACUCCGGCAACCCUCCGCUCUCUAGCACCAACUCCCUCAGGGUGCAGGUGGUAGACGUCAAUGACAAUGCCCCCGUCUUCACCCAGAGCAUCACUGAAGUUGCCUUCCCAGAAAACAACAAGCCUGGUGAAGUGGUAGCCGAGGUCACGGCCAGCGACGCCGACUCUGGCUCUAACGCAGAGCUGGUGUAUUCUCUGGAACCUGAGCCAGCUGCCCAGGGGCUGUUCACUAUCUCACCCGAGAACGGAGAGGUCAGGGUAAAGACAUCGCUGGAUCGGGAACAGAGAGACAGCUAUGAGCUGAAGGUGGUGGCAGCCGACAGGGGCAGUCCCAGCCUUCAGGGCACAGCCACGGUCCUUGUCAACGUGCUUGACUGUAAUGACAAUGACCCCAAAUUUAUGCUGAGUGGCUACAACUUCUCAGUGAUGGAGAACAUGCCAGCGCUGAGUCCAGUGGGUAUGGUGACUGUCAUCGACGGAGACAAGGGGGAGAAUGCCCGGGUGCAGCUCUCAGUCGAGCAGGACAAUGGUGACUUUGUUAUCCAGAAUGGCACAGGCACCAUCUUAUCCAGUUUGAGCUUUGAUCGGGAACAACAGAGUACCUACACCUUCCAACUGAAGGCCGUGGAUGGUGGUGUCCCACCUCGUUCGGCGUACGUCGGUGUCACCAUCAAUGUGUUGGAUGAGAAUGACAAUGCGCCCUUUAUCACCGCCCCCUCCAACACGUCUCACCGGCUGCUGACCCCGCAGACACGUCUCGGCGAGACAGUCAGCCAGGUGACAGCGGAGGACAUUGACUCUGGUAUCAAUGCCGAGCUGACCUAUAGCAUCGCUGGCGGCAACCCUUACGGACUCUUCCAGAUUGGAUCACAUUCAGGUGCCAUCACGCUGGAGAAGGAGAUUGAACGGCGCCACCACGGGUUACACCGCCUUGUGGUGAAGGUCAGCGACCGUGGCAAGCCCCCUCGCUAUGGUACAGCCUUGGUCCACCUUUACGUCAACGAGACCUUAGCCAACCGCACGCUGCUAGAGACCCUCCUUGUCCAUAGCCUGGACACGCCCCUGGAUAUUGACAUUGCCGGGGAUCCAGAAUAUGAGCGUUCCAAGCAACGUGGCAACAUUCUCUUUGGUGUUGUAGCCGGCGUGGUGGCCGUCGCCUUACUCAUCGCCCUGGCAGUACUCGUGCGCUACUGCCGGCAGCGGGAGGCCAAGAGUGGCUACCAGGCGGGUAAGAAGGAGACUAAGGACCUAUACGCCCCCAAGCCUAGCGGCAAAGCUGCUAAGGGAAGCAAGAGCAAGGGGAAGAAAAGCAAGUCGCCGAAACCUGUGAAGCCCGUGGAGGAUGAGGAUGACACUGGGCUACAAAAGUCUCUCAAGUUCAACCUUAUGAGUGAUGCCCCCGGGGACAGUCCCCGAAUCCACCUACCCCUCAACUACCCGCCCGGCAGCCCCGACUUAGGCCGCCAUUACCGCUCCAAUUCCCCACUGCCUUCCAUCCAGCUGCAACCCCAGUCACCCUCGGCCUCCAAGAAGCACCAGGUGGUGCAGGACCUGCCGCCCGCAAACACAUUUGUGGGCACUGGGGACACCACGUCCACGGGCUCCGAGCAGUACUCCGACUACAGCUAUCGCACCAACCCCCCCAAAUACCCCAGCAAGCAGUUACCUCACCGCCGUGUCACCUUCUCGGCCACCAGUCAGGCCCAGGAGCUGCAGGAUCCAUCACAGCACAGUUAUUAUGACAGUGGCCUGGAAGAGUCUGAAACGCCAUCUAGCAAGUCAUCCUCAGGCCCCCGACUUGGUCCCCUGGCCCUCCCGGAGGACCACUAUGAGCGCACCACCCCUGACGGCAGCAUAGGUGAAAUGGAACACCCUGAGAACGACCUCCGCCCUUUGCCCGACGUCGCCAUGACGGGCACAUGUACCCGGGAGUGCAGCGAGUUUGGUCACUCUGACACAUGCUGGAUGCCUGGCCAGUCGUCUCCCAGCCGCCGGACCAAGAGCAGCGCCCUCAAACUCUCCACCUUCGUGCCUUACCAGGACCGAGGAGGGCAGGAGCCUGCGGGCGCCGGAAGCCCCAGCCCCCCGGAAGACCGGAACACCAAAACGGCCCCCGUGCGCCUCCUGCCCUCCUACAGUGCCUUCUCCCACAGUAGCCAUGACUCCUGCAAGGACUCGGCCACCUUGGAGGAAAUUCCCUUGACCCAGACCUCGGACUUCCCACCCACAGCCACACCGGCAUCUGCCCAGACAUCCGCCAAGCGUGAGAUCUACCUGUGAGCCCCCUUCUGGCCGGCGGCCACCCCUCCCCCAGUCGCCGGCCAGCUCCCAACUGGGUCUAUUCCAGGGCCCCACUCCUUCCCUCCAGCGUGGACUCUGUGGCCAGGGCCCGAUCUGUGGGAGUACUGGCUUCAAGACCACGUUGGCCCUUGCCCCCAUGCAGGGUCCAAGUCCUUUCCCCCAUUCCUACCCCUUAGCCCCGAGGAGCCCCUUCUUCCCCCCACUAUGGGGCUCCACCCAGUGGAUGCCCUUGAGGGCUCCUCUGCAAUGACUGGGCUCCCUUCCAUCUACUUCUGGGGAGCACCCCCUUGCUUUGGGCAGACGGUGGAGUCAAGAGUGGGCAGCACACUUUAAAUCAUUGUUUCCUGUAUGGCUGACCAGGGCAGUGUAGCCUUGCAGCUGGGUAAACCUGGGGACUUACUCCCCGGGAAUGCUCAAAGGAAACUUUCCACCACCGGGGCUCUCUGAAGGGCUGUUGUUACCAAAGGUGGGGGUGGGGAUUUGGGUGAGAGUGCUGUGAAGGCCUCUUCCAGUACUGCUCCUGGGCUGGCCCACCUGCCUGUCAUAGGCUCAUGCCUGAUCCCACCUGGGCACCCCCUUCCCUGCUGGUCUUGCGGUGUCUGUAUAUAAGGACCUUGGAAUGAUGUCCCCCACUUCUGCCUGAUUUGCAACUUUUCUUGUUGAUGUUGUGUUGUCUUGGGGGGGCCCCUCUGGGGGGGCCUGCCCUGUGCCCCUCCUCCCUGCCCCAGUGCCCCCCCAGGCCUCUAUUGUUCCAUGUUGUAAAUACCCCUGGGGCUGUGGAAGGAUGGGGUGCAGGCCAAGGAAACAAAGGGUGGGUGGGGGUGGGGACGGGGGUAACAUUCGCCUAUCAGCAGAGCUGGGCUUUUAUUUAAUUUUUUUUUUUAAAAAUACAAAUCUCUAUUUUUUUGGAACUGUUGCGCUGUGCCCUGGGGGGGGGAUCCCCGCUCAGACUGGCCUCCCACACCCAGAUGAGCAUCACAAGAGGGGCCCUGAGGCUGUGGGGGGUGCAGCUGGACAGGGAUGGGAUGACUGUGCCUCUGGCCUGGUUGGGUGAGUUGGGAGCAGGAAAGUUUGCUCAGGAGGUGGCUGGCUGCUGCCUCCUAUAUGGGGGACCUUGCCUCCCCCCUGCCCUCCAACCCCCAGCCCCUGCCAUGACUGACCCGUCAGCCUGUAAAACCACCAUUGCCUUGAUCUCAGGGGGUGGGAAGGGCUGCCUCAGGGCACCCUGGGCUCCAGGCCCCUUCUUCCAGUUGGGCUUCCCUUUUACCAGGGUCAGGGGUCCCAGGGGGAGGGGGUGGGGAGGUUAGGGGGCAGAGAAGCCCAGUCAGCCAUGAUGAGGUGGGGGUGUUUCUUCACCUCGGGGGGCCAAGGUGUGAGGGGUAUCCUGCAGAGCCCCCCGUCUCCCACUGUGGCCAUCUCAUAGCCUCUCUUCCUUCCAGAAGCCCCCACUGCCUUGGCCCCUACCUCUCCAGCUCUCCAAGGGCCUAGGCUGGGAGGCUGGAGACUCAGGUAUGGUUCCCACUUGACUUAGUCUAAGCUUGGGGACGGUGGCCCAUUGUGGAAGGGGUGGACAGGCUGCUGGGUUGUCUGGUGCCUUUGGGAGCUGUGCUGCUGGAGUCUUGACUCCUGUAACCCCAGAGACCCUACUCCCAUCCCCAGAAAAGCCAGGGACUGUAGAAUCACCCUAUUAUCUGCCUCCUCCUUUCCCCCCACUUGUGUUUGGGGUAACAGUGCUGGAAUGCACUGUUAGGGUGGUGGCCCUGGCAUCUACAGCCCUUCUAUGGAGGGCAGUGGGGUAGGGUGGCUAAGGUGACAACAGCCAGGUCUAGGGGUUGGCCAAAGGCUCCCAUCCCUGGGGGAGGCCCAGAAAGUGGGCCAGGGGCUUGUUAAAGACACAAUCCCUUUCCCCUGCACAAAUGGGGCAGGUGCAAUAGUGGCAGAGCUGGUAGCAUUGAGGUGCCCGGCUAGUGGGGCAGUGGCCUGGGGGGGCUGUCCUGGGUCCUAAAGGUUAGGAUCAGGACAAAAAGAUUGUAUGAGGCCCGUCUGCUCAGUGGGGAGGGGAAUCCAGCCAAGAGGCGUCCCUGGGGUCAGUAGGACUCCCACUGGAAGCCCCUGGUAGCUUGGGUACCCUGACCUGGCCUUGGAGACUCCUGAGCACUGAGCGGGAGGGCAGAGGAACAUUUUGCACAAUGGAGAAGCCAGAAGGAAGGGGGUAGCCUAGAUGGCUGGGAGGGCUCAGAAGCACAGAGCAGAAGUCCUUCCACAGGCAAGGCAGGGCCCUGACCCCCUGGUUGGGGUAAGGGUACUGAGUCUGUCACCACCUGGGCACUCAAGAGGUGAAACCAAAGGUGGGCAGGGGGUGGGUGACAGCACUAGAGACUAGCUUUGUUGGUCCUAGGUCUGUGAGAUCCCUCCCCAAUGCCUUGUGUCGCGUACAGUUUUAUGUACCAAUAGGCGACAUUUGGCCAGAGGAGACCCCCCUCAAACCCAGCCUGACCCAGUCAGUGUCUUCCUAGAGGGGACCAAGUUGGUCCCCAUCUCUCUACUUCAGAGCAUGUCUGUUAGUAGGGGAAGGGUAUGUGGGGACACAUUUCCUAGGGUCCCCGAAGAAGCAUCUCUCACAUCAGGAGGGGAGCUGUUUCUAGGCAUCCUGAACCUGGGGGCUCCCUACUCCUUAUAUCUCCCCUUGGGAGUCUCUGGGGACAUGGUUUCCCACCGGGGGCCACGGGAACAUGUCUCCCUUCCCUACCCAGGCUCUCUGGGGAGCCUGUUUGCCUCCCAGGGUUCCUGGGAGUACCUAAGACAAGUCAGUCUUGGGCCGGCUCUCUUUCCAGGCAAGAGCUGUCUCUGAAGCUCCCUGGAAGAGAAGUCUCUGACCUCCAUCUCUCAGAUGGGAGUGUCUGCCCUGCAGCACUAGGAAUGAGGCCGAGCAUCUCUGAAUUGUCUUUUCUCCUAGGGGCUCUAGGAUACCACUCUCUCCAGAGCGCGGCCCCCUGGAGCCAUUUCUUCCCUGGGUGGGGGCUGUCUCCGGUGUUGGGAGGGCUUGUGUUGACCAAGAGAAAGUCUCUUAGGGGAGUAUCUCCUUGUGAGACUUCUCUGGGAGGGGGGGGGGCGUCUCGCCGAAGGGGAUUCCAGGGCGGGUAUGUCUGCCCAUGGGGAGGGGAGACUGUGUCUCCUCGGGUUAUCUGAGUGGGGAGGGGGGCCGUGUCUCUCUCGUGUGUCGGGUGGGAGGGUUGGGGAGGGGGGGUUUGGGCGCGUCAGUUGCCCACUUCGGGGUCGUGUUUCUCUGGGUUCGUGCCACUUCCCACCGCCUCGCUCCUCCCGGGAAGGGCCCCGCCCCCACACCAUCCCCACCCCCGGCGCUGCGAGCACAAUCCCGUUGAUUUGUAAUGAUUUCUGUCUUUUCUGUCUUUCUCUUUCUCUGACCUCCCUCCCCUCGCCGCGAGCAUGCGCAGGCACCGCCCCUACCCCCUCCGGUUCGGUUCGUUUCCGGUUUGUUUGCUGAGCUGUCAAUGAAAGACCCGUGUAAUUAUUCCCGAGCUUUACAAUAAAAGUGUGAAAACCGGACCCCACUCCGCUUCUUCCAGUCCCUCGGGUGAAUAGCCGUGGGAGAAUAGAGCUAUUCUUGGGUAGAUGCCUUGAGCUAGGGGGACGAGUGAGAGAGACCCACACUGGGAUCAAUGACGCCCUCAGGGGUUGUAGGCGGGGGGGGGGGGGGAAUUCAAGCGAGUAAAACACCUGGUUCGUGCACCUCAAAGUGACAUCUAUCUGCUCUCUGUGCACCCCAUCCGCCCUGAGCUCAGGUGUAGGUCAGGGACGGAGGGCCUCUCUGGGAGGACGGUGCUCUAUUACCUUCUUCAGUGGGGAAACCCUACAGGGAUUUGAGGGUGGGAGCUGGGGCCCUUGUGUCGUUCCCUGGUGUAUCACUUCCCGCUCCUUUGGCAAUGAGUAGGGAUUGCGGAACUGGAUGGGGGGGUGAGGGGCGGGAAGCAUCUGUGUGUCUGGCGCUUCCUCCCACGCUCAAGAACGAGGGUUGGAAGUUGAUUUUGGGGAAGGGGACAGACAAGGUCUCUGUCCUGGGCUCCGACUGCGUUCUCCUCCCCUUUCCGUAAUACUGGAGCGGCCUGGCCUCCUCUGUCCAGCUCCCAGCUAAACUGGCUGGAGAGAGGUCGAGGAACUGAUACAGGAUCGGCCUGUUCCCAGCCCCGCCUUCGCGGACGCGCCUCCUCGCCUAUCCCGGCUCGUUUCCGCUCCGCCUACGCGCUCCCUGCGGGGCCUGCGCUUUCAGGGCCUCGGACUCUGGGUCCACCCAGCCACCGGGAUUAGUUGAGCACAGGGACUAAUCCUGGAUGAGCCACGGUGUAAACCCGGAUUGACUAGGGGACGGGGACGCUGGCGGGGGCCGGGGGUUGGGGGAGGGCCUUGGUCUCUGGUUCCCCUUCAUCCAUUCCUACAGGCACAGCAUGAUGGGGUCUAGAGUCUCACUCCAAGUCUCUGGUACUUUUGAAAUGACCUGUAGCUAGCUGUAUGUUGAAAGGUGAGAAUGGAUGGGGGAAGUAAGAGAGGAUGUCAUGAAGACACAGCUGGAUCAUGCACUCCGAAAUGUGGCACAUUGGUAGGAGUGGGAAUGGAGAUGAGGGAGGCAAAGUUCUUGGCAGCCUUGAGUCCACAGGAUUAGGUCAGCUCCCUGGCCGAGUCUGCAAGCCAGUCAACCCCCCUGUACCCCAGCUACAGACUCAUAAGCCCUCCCCUCUACCAGUGGCCGUGGUUAUGGUUCCUCCACGAUGAGGAGGCAGUGUGGAAGGUAGUUAAGACCAAGGGGGGAGCAUGCCAAGGAAAGGUCAAGGAAGUUGAAGAAGAUGGGGUGUGGCCAGCUGGGUACCCGAAUCCUGACCCUGGUUCACUUACUAAUUCUACAAACAUUUCCUGAGCCUCUCCCUCUUACCAGUCAAGAACUAGAUACUGGGACACCGGGGCUGGGGAUUUAGCUCAGUGGUAGAGCGCUUACCUAGAAAGCGCAAAGCCCUGGGUUCGGCCCCCAGCUCAAAAAAAAAAAAAACAAAACAAAACUCUAGAUACUGGGACACCCCAAGAAUGACACAUGAUCUCUGUGAAAAGUAAAGACAGGUAAACAAUGAACACAUCUUGUGUUCAGCCGAGACUUGAGCCUGAAAUUCUGGCUCAAGAACCAAAGGGGUUGCCUCCUCCAGAGGCAAGAAGGCUUUCUUGAACGGUUGGUAAAAUAAUGACUGAAAGCUCACAGGGGCAGGGGUGGGGAUGGGAGGGUUGGGCCUGUGCAGUGCAGGCACAGCAAGUCCUGUAUGUGAGUGCCUGGGGUGGAGUAGAUAGGGUGGUCUGGAAAAUCAAGAGCGGUGGAGCAGAAAUACAAGCCAGGACUAGAAGGACCUGCUCCUCCAUCUCAGAGCUGGGGGGAGGAGAGGGCCAUAGAAGGAGUCCUCGCCUCUGAGAGAAAAGGUCAGAUUUACAUUUUCAUGGGUUCUGGAUUCCUUCCUUCCAUACCCCAACUUUCUCUGGGGAUGUCUGGGCUGGGAGUAAAGUCACACAGGCAGAAAGACAGGAAGAGGAACCUGGUUUAUUUCAGGUUGGUUAAGAUAGUCCUUCUGUCACUUGUGAACAUCAUAGUAGCAGAAAGUUGCCUGUACAACUCCAGGUGACCUGGCUUGGGGCAGGUGACGGCCUCAGUUUCUUCAUCUAUAAAAUGGGGCUGGUAACAGAGUGAUCAUAAGGGUCAGUGAAGUCUUUGUCUGCUUUUAUUUUAUAGCCUGUGGAAGGCUGGGCGCCAGGUGCUUACUGGCAACAUCCUUACUCUCUCCUCUGGAGCUUCCAUUCCAACUGAGAAGACAGACGACAAACAAACAAACAAACAAACAAAUGAGAUAAUUAUAGAUUGUGCUUAAGUGCUGGGAAGGAAGCAGCGGGGACAGGAAGAAAGACCGCUGGAGGUGGCAUAGGGGUAGGGCCUGCUUUAUUCAGUGUAGCCUGGAAGCUUUGUUGUGGUGGUGGUGGUUGAGAAAUUCCAAACUCCGCCCCUUAGGGAGAACAUUCAGGUGCUAGGAGCUGCUGCUUGCAAAGGGUCUGAAGUGGGAGGUCACCUUCCUCAUGAAUUCCAGGAAGAUGCUAAGCUUCAUGAAGACCUCUCUAAAUACAGGGGAAAUGAAUAGAAGAGAACAGUGUCCCCAGUGUCCAGCUUGCUGACACCCUCCUCUGCCAUUCACUGGAAUGGUAUUGGGGAACUUGUUUUUUGUUUUUUUUUUCAGUCAGCCCAUCUGCUCAGCUGUUAUACAACUGCCUCCCCCAAUUCUAGGGGGAGUUAACGCUAGAUCAGUUGAGCUUGGUCCACUGCUAAUCUUUUCCUGGUCUUCUCCUUAGGCUACAGGGGCAGCUUUGGUCCCUCCAGAGUCAGCCUGUCCAAUGCCUAGACUAGAUAGAUAGACUUGAGUAUCUGACCUGGGGGACAGUGUUCCCAGAGGAGAAUAUCUAUUGUUUAAAGGUUUAGGCCCUCCAGAGUGUCCCCCUAGUACAGUCACACUUCAGGGAGAUGACCUGGAUCCCUGUCUAAUUUCCCCUUGAAGAAUGUUUCCUACACACUGAUGCAUUUCCCACAGAGCCACCCUCCCCUCCUGCAAAGUGCAUACAGCUCCUCGCACACACACACCAUCCAGCUGCACACUGCGUCUCCAUAGCAACUGGGAGGCCUGGUCCAUGGAUGUUAGAAAUAAGUGCCAGAGGAAGAAGAGAGAAGGUGUGGGAAGAGAAUGAGAAGAGAAACGUCAGGAGGAAAAAAAGAUUUUGGAAGAUGGCCUUUCGGAGAGACCCCUACCCUUGCUUUGUAUCCAUUUGCCAGGAAGACUGAGAGGAUUCGGGUCCUGAGAAAGAGGGGUUGGGUUAGAAGACUGAGCGUGGGCUUGGGAGCAGGGGUGGGGGGCAGGUAGUGUUGCUCCUGGGCACUGAAAGAAGGAGCAUAAAUGAGGGAACUUGAAUGACAGCGUGGAGUCUUGGGAUGAGACCAUUCCUUCUGGGUAAAUGGCAGAUAAGGCGGGUAGGUUGGGGUGAAAGACUUGGGGGAGCUAUUUCUCCUUAUUCCUGACCUAAUUGGCUGUUCAGGCUGAAACCACCUCUUAGUCACUUAGUCUAAUUAGAAUUGUUCUACAGAAGAUGUUGGGGGAGGGGAAGGAAAUAAUGGGGAGAGGGUGGGUGGAGUCAGAAGGGGUGGGGAUGGGACUUCUGGAUGAGAUCCUCUAUCAGUCCAGGUUGGGAGUCACCCACCUCUAUCCUUCCGGCUGUCAUAGCGCACCCUCUUCCUGCUUCCUUCUCCACCCUGUGCUUCCCUCCCAUCUCCAUCUCCUUGUGUCUCUAUUCUCUUCAUUCUUUCUGGGUCUGUCUUAGGUCCCUGAGCCUAUCCCUUUCCCUCUUUUCCUUCCUCAAGAUCUCUUGCCUUUGUCUCCCCAUUAUAAGUUUUAUUUAGUGAACAGAUAAAGUACUGGGGAAUCAUAAGUGGGAGGUGGUCUACUGGGACAUGGAGAAGGAGAGGGAUCUUGAGGGGACAGAGCAGAAGCUGGCUUGACAGAAUACUCCAAGCUGGCAGGAACAACAGAUAGAAGGACCAAGACUUUCCCCUUUCUAAGCCUUCUCACCUCUAGGGAGGUUAUCAAGGAGAAUAGACCUGUGAGUAUUCAACCUGGUACUGGACUGUCUGUCUGAUUGCCUUGGGGGAGUUACUUAACCUCUGUGAGUAUCGGUUUCCCUAGCCAAAAUGGGGAUCAUAAAGCAGAGAUUUGUCUUGUGGAUUUAAGGUGCUGGUGCAUACAAUCUGCUAAGUAAAGGCUCAGUGAGAGCUUGAGAAGUGGUAGCUUUAGGCUGGACCUGGUGAAACCCUUGGGAGGCUGAGGCAGGAGGAUUGACAUUAAGUUCAGAACAACCACAGGGCUGCAUAGUGAUUUCAAGACUAGUCUGGGUAAGAGAGUAAGAUGGUGUCUCAAAAAAAUUAAAUAGAUAGCCAGGCAUAAUGGUUCACACCUUUAGUUCUGUCACUUGGAAAGCAGAGGGAGGCAGAUCUCUUGUGAGUUUGAGGCCAGUCUGGUCUGCAUAGUAAGUUUUAAGACAGCCAGAGUCACGUAGGAACACCCAGUCUCAAAUACAUACACACAUACAUACAUAUACACUAUACAUACAUAUAUACAUACACGCAUGUGUACAUACAUACAUAGAUAACAUACAUAUACACACACAUAUGUAUAUAGAUAACAUACAUAUACACACAUUCUACACACAUACAUAGAUAACAUAUAUACAUACACAUGCAUACACAGAAAGAGCAUACACACAUACUAUACACAUACAUAGAUAACAUAUAUACAUACAGAUGCAUACACAGAAAGAGCAUACACACACACACAUAUGCAUGCAUACAUAUGUGAAUAAGUGGCAAGUUUUAUGGUCAGUCCAGACUCUUUUUCUCUAGAGUCCUUCAGGAACAUCAUUCUUCUCUUGAAGCUUCUUCAUCCAUGGGAAGCAAAAUGACCCCAUCCUAAUCCCAGAUGUGUCUCCUCUGGCUCCUAAGGCCAUUCAGACUCUAUCCUCUUUCAGAGGCCAUAGCUGUGUGAGAUGGGGUUUGGACUGUGCCUCCUACCCGCAGGACCAGAAAGACUUCUCUAGCUUCAGGUCCACUUUCCCCUGCCUUGCCUGCCUCUGAGGGGAGGGAAGGGGACAACUAUAAAUGAUGAAAAGGAAGACGUAUUCUUGCUGAGGGGGACAAUAAGGAUGAGCAGUAUCCAGAAGCCUGAAUAUUUCAUGGUGCUGCAGCACUGGGAAGGGCAAAGUCCCCGGGCUGUGUUUGCCAGUGUGCAUGUGACUCUUCCACUUGGCUUGGACCUACUCCACUUGCCCAGUGCCCUCUGUACUCCCAACCCUCAAAAACAUGUACCCACAGAAAGCUGCCCCCAUGAGCCCUUUCCUGCCCAGGAUCCUUCUAAAGUCCUCCCCAAGCAUGCAUAUUUUAUUUGCAGCAGUAGGAAUUUGUGUAGCAGGGAGGCUGUGUUAAAACACUUUACCCGCGGGCUGCAGGGCUGGCUCAGCGGUUCAGAGCACUUGCUGCUCUUGCAGAGGACUUUAGUUCUGUUCCCAGCACCUGUGACUCCAGCAUUUGGGGAGUCCAGCACCCUCCCCUGGCCUCUGAGAGUACUGCACCCAUGUGUACAGACACACAAAAAAGGUAAAGCUGGGUGUAGUGGCGCUCCCCUUUAGCCCCAGCACUCAGGAAGCAGAGGCAGGUGGAUCUUUGUGAGUUUGAGUCCAUUCUGACUCACACAGCGAGUUCUAGGACAGCCAGAACUACAUAGUGAGACCCUGGUCUCAAUAAAACCAAAAACACAGAAAAAUAAAUAAGUUCCCUAGGAGUUGGCACCUUUGCCCUUCAUUCCCUGAGCAUUGUGAAUUAAAAGCUGGAAACAUGGUGGGUAGAGGUGCAGACCGUUGGGAGGAGACCACCCUGAUUUGACACCUUGCCAUGGUUCACUGAGCAGCUGGUAGCGGAGGAUAGCAACAGGGUAAGUGAUGGGACAGACUGUGCCAAGUGUCCACUUCCUCUCCGGUGCCCUAGGGAACUGCUUAUCGCCCUCCCCCUACUUUGUAUCCAUCUAAGUUGAAGGUGCCCCUUUUUACUUGGGUCCCAGGCCUCCUUUUGUCCUGUGUCUUUAUCUGCCAUUACUUUGUCACGUGUUUAAGUUCUGUCUCUGCCUACUCUAAUAAAAGCUUACCGAUGGCAA